AUGGCCGAUUCAGGACGUGGUCGCGGUGGAUUUGGACGCGGACGUGGUGAACGUGGUCGGGGUCGCCGGGGUCCCCGUAGAGGAGGCCGCAAAGAUGAAGAGAAAGAAUGGCAGCCUGUCACCAAACUCGGUCGUCUCGUCAAGGAUGGCAAAAUCAAGUCCAUCGAGGAAAUCUACCUCUUUUCUCUACCAGUCAAGGAGUACCAGAUCAUCGAUUUCUUCCUCCCCAAGCUCAAGGACGAGGUCAUGAAGAUUAUGCCCGUUCAAAAGCAGACCCAGGCUGGUCAGCGUACUCGUUUCAAGGCUUUCGUCGCCAUUGGUGACUUCGAGGGUCACGUCGGUCUUGGUGUAAAAUGCGCCAAAGAAGUAGCCACCGCCAUUCGUGGGGCCAUCAUCCUCGCUAAACUUUCCGUCAUUCCCGUCCGUCGUGGUUAUUGGGGUGCUGCUCUUGGUGAGCCCCAUACCGUGCCUUCCAAAGUGUCAGGCAAGGUUGGCUCUGUCAUGUGUCGUCUUAUUCCCGCCCCUCGGGGAACUGGUAUCGUGGCUGCCCCCGCUUCCAAGCGUCUUCUCCAACUUGCUGGUGUUGAAGACUGCUACACACAAGCCAAGGGUUCAACUGCUACGAUGGGUAACUUCUUAAAAGCAACUUUCGCUGCAAUUACCAAGACCUACGCCUUCCUCACCCCCGAUCUGUGGCGAGAAAUUCCGGUCUCGAAACUGCCCUACGACGAAUACAGCGCCCAUCUGCAGAUUUCAGCGAAGAAAGCAGCCUAUUAG